AUGGCUGGAAAAGUCAAUCAUGCUAUCAAUAACGGGUCAGCACCACCAACUUUUUCUUUGAGUGGUCAAAACUACCAUUCCAUUGGAAGCUUAAUUCCUUCUGACAAUAAUAGGCCAAGGUUUGCUCAACUGUAUAUAUAUGACACUGAGAAUGAAGUGCAAAAUCGGGUAACAGCCGUGAGCUCUAUGGAAGCAUCAAAUAUUGUUGACUAUCAGAUUGUGACUGAUCUUAAAGAGAUGUUAGAUGUGCACAAUCCUCUUGCAAAGACCUUUCGGUUUGCCAGAGAUAGAUUUGCAGAGGGUUCAAACCCAAAAAUCAAAUUGAAGCUAAUCAGAAAGCGGGAUAAGGAUGGAAGAGUAUAUAACUUACCAACUGUGUCUGAGGUUGCAAUUUUAGUUGUAGGGGACAUUGACGACUCAAUUCUUGAGAGGGAUAUUAUAGUACAAUUCAUGUCAAACAAGUUGCAAAGGAUUGAUGUUCUACAUCCGUUGUACUUGGCUCUUCAAUAUCCUUUAUUAUUCCCUUACGGAGAAGAUGGUUUUAGGGUUGGCAUCCAAACAUCCGUUCGUUAUGGACUUGAUGCUAAUAAGAAACGGAAGACUAUCAGCAUGAGGGAGUUUUUUUCAUACCGAAUACAAAUGCGAUGCAAUGAAUCACCAAUACUUUUACAAUCAAGGAGAUUAUUUCAGCAAUUUUCAGUUGAUGCAUAUACUAUGAUCGAGGCAGAACGACUUAGCUUUAUUAGGCACAAUCAACCAAUGCUAAGGGUUGACAAGUAUAAUGCACUACAUGAGUCUUUGGUUCGGGGAGAGGCGAAUGCUGUGUCAACUGGGCAGAGGAUAAUCCUUCCUAGCAGCUUCACUGGAGGACCUAGAUACAUGUUUAAUAACUGUAAAGAUGCCUUUGCAAUUUGCAAGUAUGCGGGUUACCCAAGUUACUUUAUCACCAUUACAUGCAACCCUGAGUGGGAUGAGAUUAAGCGUCUUUUGAAAGAUACCGGAUUCAAAGCAGAAGAUCGGCCUGACAUAGUUUCAAGGAUUUUUAAUAUCAAGCUGAGUCAAUUGAUUGCAGACUUCAAGCAAGGAAAGUUCUUUGGCAAAAUAUCUGGCUUCGCGUUAUUUGCAGACGUGUGCACAGUUGAAUUCCAGAAGCGUGGUUUACCGCACGCUCAUAUACUGUUGUUCAUGAAUCCUCUAUUUAAACCAAAAACACCUGACGAUAUAGACAAGCAUAUAUCAGCAGAGAUCCCUGACAAGCAUAGCAGGCCUAAGCUAUAUGCAGCCGUUGAGAAGUUCAUGGUCCAUGGUCCAUGUGGCAGGCAUAACAAUUCCAGCCCAUGCAUGUCCAACGGUCGUUGCUCUAAGUUUUUUCCAAAACAAUUUAGAUCAAGGACUGUAAUUGAUGAGGCAGGAUUUCCCAAGUAUAGAAGAAGAGACAAUGGCAGAACAAUCAUGAAGAAAAACAUAGUUCUCGAUAACUCAUACAUAGUCCCGUACAACCGAUCGUUGUUGCUAAAGUACUGUUGCCACAUCAACGUUGAGCAUACAUGUCAAACAUCGGCAAUAAAAUAUCUUUUUAAGUAUGUUCACAAAGGAAAUGAUCGUGUCACUGCUUCUUUCUAUCAGAGCAACGAAGAAGGGCAACUUGAAAAGGUUAUUGAUGAGAUCAGGAAUUAUUACGAUUGCAGGUACAUAUCAGCCUGCGAAGCUGUUUGGAGAAUAUUUGGAUACGACAUACAACAAAAAGAACCUUCAGUCAUUAGAUUACCUUUUCACUUGCCGGACGAACAUCCGGUGGUUUUUAGAGACUAUGAAAACAUAGUUGACGUCAUUGACAGGGUUGAUGGCAGGCCUACAAAGAUGCUAGCAUGGAUGCUUGCAAAUAGGUUGUUUCCGUUUGGUCGUACUCUUACAUAUAGCCAGUUUCCAAAUAAGUUCGUUUGGAAGGAAGACAUUUCUUUGUGGAUGCCAAGGAAACAAGGAUUCUCAAUCGGCAGACUUACUCAUGUUCCACGAGGAAGUGGUGAAGAUUAUUACUUAAGACUUUUGCUCAACAUUCAAAAGGGGUGUGUAAGUUUAGUUGACAUACGUACAGUUGCAGGAGUUGUGUACAGCACAUUCAAGGAAGCAUGUUACGCAUUGGGCCUUCUGCAAGAUGACAAAGAAUUUGUUGAUGCCAUCUUAGAAGCAGGUAAUUGGGCUUCUGCAAACUACAUCCGUGACCUUUUCGUGGUGCUCUUAUUGUCAAACAAUAUGGGCAGGCCUGAAAAUGUGUGGCAACAAUGUUACAAUGUUUUGUCUGAAGACAUUCUUUAUUUUCAGAGAAAAUCCAUACAGUCUAUAGAACUGCAACUAUCCGAAGAUCAGAUAAUGAAUCUGACACUUUCAAAGAUAGAGGAAAAACUACAGGCUAAUGGCAGAUCACUCAGAGAGUUUGAUGGGAUGCCUUUUCCAAGCUUUGGCACUAUUGAAGGGUUAGAUGAUCGGUUAAUCAUGGAUGAAUUAAACUUUGACGUCGAUGGUCUGCGCAAUCAGUUGGAUACGAACUUAACAAACAUGAACGUAGAUCAAAGGAAAGCAUUCGAUGUGAUUAUCAAUGCAGUAAAUGAAAAUCAAGGUGGCUUUUUUUUCGUCUAUGGGUAUGGUGGAACCGGUAAGACAUUUCUCUACAACACUCUCUCAGCAGCUAUAAGGAGCAAAGGGGAAAUUGUUCUGAAUGUGGCAUCUAGCGGUAUUGCUUCUUUGUUGCUUCCAAAUGGACGCACUGCACAUUCAAGGUUUAAGAUACCCUUGGACUUGAACGAGGACUCGAUUUGUUGCAUUAAGCAAGGCACCUCAUUGUCUAAGCUGGUUUGCAGAGCAAAACUUAUUAUAUGGGAUGAGGCACCAAUGUUGAAUAAACUGUGCUAUGAAGCUCUCGACAGAUGCCUAAGGGACAUUGUUAGGUUUGAGCCUUACUAUAAUUCAGAACUACCAUUUGGAGGAAAGGUUGUGGUUUUAGGUGGUGACUUCAGGCAAAUUCUACCUGUAAUUCCAAUGGGAUCUCGCCAAGAUAUUGUCCAAGCUACCAUAAACUCAUCUUACCUAUGGGAACACUGUAACGUAUUAAGGCUAACAAUUAACAUGCGUUUAACUGUUAGGGCAACUUAUACGUCACUCAGUGAUGUUUCUCAGUUUGCUUCAUGGUUGCUAGACAUAGGUGAUGGUAUUGCUGGAGAUUCCACUGAUGGUGAGUCUAUUGUGGUAAUUCCGGAUGAAAUUAUAAUUCAAGAUUUUGACCAAUUGGUUGACUUUGUUUAUCCCGACCUGUUGGUUAAUAUCAACAACACAUCAUUCUUCAAAGAUCGUUCAAUUUUGGCCCCAACGCUAGAAGUUGUCAACGAUGUAAACUCAUUUAUAAUGCAACGUGUGGAUGCCAAUGCGAAAACUUAUUUAAGCUCAGAUACUUUGUGUCUCGAAGAAGGAAACAUGGAAUCUGAAUUGGAUACGCUUACACCAGAUGUCCUUAAUGCAAUUAAUUGCUCUGGUUUGCCGCCCCAUGAGUUGACUCUGAAAGUGGGUCUUCCGGUCAUGCUACUACGUAACAUUGACCAGUCAAACGGAUUAUGUAAUGGAACAAGAUUACAGGUAAGGAGAUUAGGUAACCAUGUAAUUGAAUGCAUUACGCUAACAGGAGGCAAAAUGGGCCAAGUCGUCCUGAUACCGCGGAUGAAUAUGAUUCCCAAUAACCAGUCUUUGCCAUUUAGAUUCCAACGGAGACAGUUCCCGAUCAUUGUUUCAUUCGCUAUGACCAUUAACAAAUCUCAAGGACAGACCUUAAGCACAGUUGGAUUGUAUUUACCAAGACCGGUAUUUACGCACGGUCAACUAUACGUUGCAUUAUCGAGAGUAACGUCAAAGAGUGGCUUGCGAGUGCUAAUUCAGAAUACUAGAUCAUCGUCGACAAACUCGACAAUAAAUGUUGUGUAUAGAGAAGUAUUCCAAAAUAUUACAUGA